AUGAAAGCCCAGCAGACUGGAAAGCUCACGUUCUCUAAGAACGCUGAGGCAUCGUUUGGUACUGGGUUUCAAAACUGGAAGGACGCUACCAGGUUGUUCCGUUCCCACGAAUGUUCAAAGUGCCUUUGCGAAGCAGUGGAAAAGUUAGUGACAUUGCCAGCAACCACGAACGAUGUCGGCGCCUUGUUGAAUAGCCAGCGAGAGGCCGAUUUCAAGAAGAAUUUGCAUGCUGCUCCAUUUGCUGCGCGCUGUUCGUUUUCUAGCUCAGCAAGGUUUGCCCUUUCGGGGCUCGUCGGCAGAGUCAUCCCAAGAACCGGAGAGCAACUUAACCAACUAGCAAAGCUCCUGCCUGAAUUCGACAAGGAUUUAGUUGAAUGGCUCAAGCGUCGAGCUGACCGCUACACGUCCGGCGACAUGCUCGCGGAAAUGGUGAAGACAAUGUCCAACCAGGUUCUUAGGAAGAAGGCUAGCUGCAUUCGUGGUCGAUUCUUCACAAUACUGGUGGAUGAGACCACAGAUGAAAGCACGAGAGAGCAAUGCGUCAUUGUACUUCGCUGGGUAGAUGAGCAGCUACAAGCCCACGAAGAGUUUAUCGGCGUAACAUAUAUGAGCUGGCCUGUGCUAAUGCCGAUACUAUUGUUGCUGUCAUCAAAGAUGUACUUGCACGCCUUGGCCUUAGCCUCAGCGAAUGCAGAGGGCAGUGCUAUGAUGGUGCGGCUGUCAUGCAAGGAGUGCGUAAUGGAGUUGCGACCCAGAUACUACAUGAGCAACCAAAGGCAAAGGCCCUCUACAGACUACACGCACUGUUACGGGCAUUCGCUCAAUCUUGCCUGCCAGGAUAUGACCUGGCGUGUUAAGCCACUGACGGAUUCCCUGGACACAGUGCUUGAGCUCUCCAAACUGCUGAAGUACUCUGCCAAGAGAAAGCCAGAGUUUCAGCACCUUAAGGACGACAUUGCUCCUGCCCAAGAAGGAUUCAGAAGUCCUUGCCCGACCCGUUGGACUGUGCGUGCGUCAUCACUGAAAAGCGUUUUAACAAACUACAACGUUCUGCAGGAAGCACUAAUAUGCUUCGAAGAGAUGACUCACCAUGACAGAGAGAUGUCAGCAUGA